AUGUCAUGUGACCAGAGUCGGUUUGUUAGCAUUAUUAGGUCAUGUGACCAGAGUCGGUUCGUUUGCAUUAUUAGGUCAUGUGACCAGAGUCGGUUUGUUAGCAUUAUUAGGUCAUGUGACCAGAGUCUGUUUGUUAGCAUUAUUAUGCCACGUGACCAGAGUCGGUUCGUUAGCAUUAUUAUGUCACGUGACCAGAGUCGGUUCGUUAGCAUUAUUAUGUCACGUGACCAGAGUCGGUUCGUUAGCAUUAUUAGGUCACGUGACCAGAGUCGGUUCGUUAGCAUUAUUAGGUCACGUGACCAGAGUCGGUUCGUUAGCAUUAUUAGGUCAUGUGACCAGAGUCGGUUUGUUAGCAUUAUUAGGUCAUGUGACCAGAGUCGGUUCGUUAGCAUUAUUAUGUCAUGUGACCAGAGUCGGUUCGUUAGCAUUAUUAGGUCAUGUGACCAGAGUCGGUUCGUUAGCAUUAUUAUUUCAUGUGACCAGAGUCGGUUCGUUAGCAUUAUUAGGUCAUGUGACCAGAGUAGGUUCGUUAGCAUUAUUAGGUCAUGUGACCAGAGUCGGUUCGUUAGCAUUAUUAUUUCAUGUGACCAGAGUCGGUUCGUUAGCAUUAUUAGGUCAUGUGACCAGAGUCGGUUCGUUAGCAUUAUUAUUUCAUGUGACCAGAGUCGGUUCGUUAGCAUUAUUAGGUCAUGUGACCAGAGUCGGUUCGUUAGCAUUAUUAGGUCAUGUGACCAGAGUCGGUUCGUUAGCAUUAUUAGGUCAUGUGACCAGAGUCGGUUCGUUAGCAUUAUUAGGUCAUGUGACCAGAGUCGGUUCGUUAGCAUUAUUAGGUCAUGUGACCAGAGUCGGUUUGUUAGCAUUAUUAGCGUUUCUUUUCCUAGCGAAUUUCAUUUCUUUCUUUCAUAUUUUUCGUUCCUUUUUUUCCUCUCCAUUUCUUCCUUUUCUAUUUUCUCUAUUACCCCCUUCUCUCUUUUCUCUAUUACUGCCUUCUCUCUUUUCACUGUUUCUUCUUUCUCUCUAUUCUCAAUUACUUCCUUUUCUCUUUUCUCUAUUACUUCCUUUUCUCUUUUUUUUAUUACUUCCUUCUCUCUUUUUUUAUUACUUCCUUCUCUCUUUUCUCUAUUACUUCCUUCUCUCUUUUCUCUAUUACUUCCUUCUCUCUUUUUUUAUUACUUCCUUCUCUCUUUUUUGUUCUUUUUCUCUUUUCUCUAUUACUGCCUUCUCUCUUUCACUAUUGCGUCUCUUUUCUCUAUUACUUCCUUCUCUCUUUUUUAUUCUUCCUUCUCUCUUUUCUCUAUUACUGCCUUCUCUUUUUUUAUGUUUCUUCCUUCUCUUAUUCUCUCUUUUUUCCUUCUCUCUUUUUAUAGACUUCCUUUUCUCUUUUUCUCUAUUACUUCCUUCUCUCUUUUUGUUACUUUUUUCUCUCUUUUCUCUAUUACUGCCUUCUCUCUUUCUUUAUUACUUCCUUCUCUCUUUUCACUUGUUUCUUCCCUUCUCUCUAUUCUCUCUCUUUUUAUUCCUUACUUUUCCUUCUCUUUUUUUUACUUCCUUCUCUCUUUUCUCUAUUACUGCCUUCUCUCUUUUUUAUUACUUCCUUCUCUCUUUUUCUUUCAUUUUCUUCCUUCUCUCUUUUUUCUAUUACUUCCUUCUCUCUUUUUUAUUACUUCCUUCUCUCUCUUUUCUCUCUUUCUCUGCCUUCUCUCUUCCUUCUCUCUUUCUUUUCUAUUACUUCCUUCUCUCUUUUUUUUACUACCUUCUCUUUUUCUCUUUUUCUCUCUUUUUACUUCCUUCUCUCUUUUUUUAUUACUUCCUUCUCUCUUUUCUCUAUUACUUCCUUCUCUCUUUUUUUACUUCCUUCUCUUCUUUCUCUUUUCUCUUUUUCUCUAUUACUUCCUUCUCUCUUUUUUUACUUCCUUCUCUCUUUUCUCUAUUCUUUUCCUUCUCUCUUUCUCUCUUUUUUUGUUCCUUCUCUCUUUUUUAUUACUUCCUCUUUUUUUGUGCUUCUCUCUUUUCUAUUACUUCCUUCUCUCUUUUUUGUUACUUCCUUCUCUCUUUCUCUAUUACUUCCUUCUCUCUUUUCUCUGUUUCUUCCCUUCUCUCUUUUUUAUUACUUCCUUCUCUCUUUUCUCUGUUUUUUUCUUCUUUUCUUUUCUCUUUUCCUCUAUUACUUCCUUCUCUCUUUUUUUAUUCCUUCUCUCUUUUUCUAUUUCUUUUUCUCUAUUACUUCCUUCUCUCUUUUUAUUACUUCUCUCUCUCUCUUUUUUCUAUUCUGCCUUCUCUCUUUUUAUUACUUUUUCUCUUCCUUCUCUCUAUUCUCUAUUCCUUCUCUUCUCUCUUUUCUCUCUUUUUCUUCCUUCUCUCUUUUUCUGUUACCCUUCUCUCUUUUCUCUAUUACUGCCUUCUCUUUUUCACUGUUUCUUCCUUCUCUCUUUUCUCUAUUACUUCCUUCUCUCUUCUUCUUUUCUCUUUCCUUUUCUCUUUUCUCUAUUACUUCCUUCUCUCUUUUUUAUUACUUCCUUCUCUCUUUUCUCUCUUCCUUCUCUCUUUUUAUUACUUCCUUUUUCUCUUUUCUCUAUUACUGCCUUCUCUUUUUAUUACUUCCUUCUCUCUUUUCUCUAUUACUUUUCUCUCUUUUUCACUUUUUUUCUUCUUCUCUAUUACUUUUCUCUCUUUUUUAUUACUUCCUUCUCUCUUUCUCUAUUGCCUUCUCUCUUUUUUUGUACUUCCUUCUCUUUUUUCUCAUACUUCCUUCUCUUUUUUCUAUUAUUCCUUCUCUCUUUUUUAUUACUUCCUUCUCUCUUUUCUCUAUUACUUCCUUCUCUCUUUUUCUAUUACUUCCUUCUCUCUUUUCUAUUACUUCCUUCUCUUUUUUCUCUACUUCCUUCUCCUUUUCUCUUUUUUCUCUCUUUUUCAUUACUUCCUUCUCUCUUUUCUCUAUUACCUUCCUUCUCUUUUCUUCUCUUUUUUCUCUCUUUUUUAUUCUGCCUUCUCUCUUUUUCUCUAUUUUCUUCCUUCUCUCUUUUUAUUACUUCCUUCUCUUUUUUUCUUCCUACUUUGUACUUCUUCUCUUUUUUUAUUACUUCUCUCUCUCUUUUUCUUCCUUCUCUCUUUCUCUUUAUUGGCUCUCUUUUUUCUCUAUUACUUCCUUCUCUCUUUUUUAUUACUUCUUCUCUCUUUUUCUCUAUUCCUUCCUUCUCUCUCUUUUCUCUCUUUUCUUCCUUCUCUCUUUCUCUUUUAUUACCCUUCUCUCUUUUUUUUCUUCUUCUCUCUUUUCUCUAUUACUUCUUCUCUUUUUUACUUCUUCUUCUUUUCUCUAUUACUUCCUUCUCUCUUUUUUUCUUCCUUCUCUCUUUUCUUCCUUCUCUCUUUUCUUUUUUUUUUCUCUCUUUUUUCUAUUACUUCCUUCUCUCUUUUUUCUCUUUUUUAUUCUUUUCUCUCUUUUCUCUAUUCUUCUUUUACUUCCUUCUUCUCUCUUUUUUUUUCUUCCUUCUCUCUCUUUUUUUUUCUUUUUUCUCUCUCUUUUCUCUAUUACUUCCCCUUCUCUCUUUUUUGUACUUCCUUCUCUCUUUUUCUCUAUUACUUCCUUCUCUUUUUUCUAUUACUUCCUUCUCUCUUUUCUCUAUUACUUCCUUCUCUCUUUUCUCUAUUACUUCUUCUCUUUUUUUUUCUUCCUUCUUCUCUUUUCUCUAUUACUUCCUUCUCUCUUUUCUCUAUUACUUCCCUUCUCUCUUUUUCUAUUACUUCCUUCUCUUUUUCUCUACUGCCUUCUCUCUUUUGUUUCCUUUCUCUUUCUCUCAUUACUUCCUUCUCUCUUUUUACUUCCUUCUCUCUUUCUCUACUUCCUUCUUCUCUUUUUUACUUCCUUCUCUCUAUUCUCUCACUUCUCUCUUUUUUCCUGUUUCCUUCUCUCUUUUUUCCUUACUUCCUUCUCUCUUUUUCUAUUACUUCCUUCUCUCUUUUCUCUGUUUCUUCUCUUCUCUCUUUUCUCUUUUUUUACUUCCUUCUCUCUUUUUUUUUAUUACUUCCUUUUCUCUUUUCUAUUCUUCCUUCUCUCUUUUUUAUUACUUCCUUCUCUCUUUUCUCUAUUACUGCCUUCUCUCUUUUCAUUACUUUCUUCUCUUUUCUCUAUUCUCUCUCUUUUUUCCUUCUCUCUUUUUUCAUUACUUCCCCUUCUCUCUUUUUCUGUUUCUUCCUUCUCUCUUUUCAUUUUCUUCCUUCUCUCCUUUCUCUAUUACUUCCUUCUCUCUUUUUUUAUUACUUCCUUUCUCUUUUCUCUAUUUUUGUACUUCCUUCUCUCUUUUUUAUUCUUCCUUCUCUCUUUUUCUCUAUUACUGCCUUCUCUCUUUUUUUGUUUCUUCCUUCUCUCUAUUCUCUAUUACUUCCUUCUCUCUUUUUUCAUUACUUCCUUCUCUCUUUUCUCUAUUACUGCCUUCUCUCUUUUCACUGUUUCUUCCUUCUCUCUUUUCUCUAUUACUUCCUUCUCUCUUUUUUUAUUACUUCCUUCUCUCUUUUCUCUAUUACUGCCUUCUCUCUUUUUUUAUUACUUCCUUCUCUCUUUUCUCUAUUACUGCCUUCUCUCUUUUCACUGUUUCUUCCUUCUCUCUAUUCUCUAUUACUUCCUUCUCUCUUUUUUCAUUACUUCCUUCUCUCUUUUCUCUAUUAAUGCCUUCUCUUUUUCACUGUUUCUUCCUUCCUUCUCUCUUUUUUGUAUUCUCUAUUACUUCCUUCUCUCUUUUUUAUUACUUCCUUCUCUCUUUUCUAUUACCCUUCUCUCUUUUUCACUGUUUCUUCCUUCUCUCUAUUCUCUAUUACUUCCUUCUCUCUUUUUCAUUACUUCCUUCUCUCUUUCUCUUUUCCUUCUCUCUUUCACAUUUCUUCCUUCUCUCUAUUACCUCUAACCUUCCUUCUCUCUUUUUCUUCUACUUCCCUUCUCUCUUUUCUCUAUUACUGCCUUCUCUCUCUUUUCUACUGUUUCUUCCUUCUCUCUAUUCUCUAUUACUUCCUUCUCUCUUUUUUGUGCUUCUCUCUCUUUUCUCUAUUGCUGCCUUCUCUUUUUCACUGUUUCUUCCUUCUCUCUAUUCUCUAUUACUUCCUUCUCUUUUUCCUUCUUCCUUCUCUCUUUUUUUCUCUUACUGCCUUCUCUCUUUUCACUGUUUUUCUUCCUUCUCUCUAUUCUCUAUUACUUCCUUCUCUCUUUUUUUGUUUACUUCCUUCUCUCUUUUCUCUAUUACUACCUUCUCUCUUUUCCUGUUUCUUCCUUCUCUCUAUUCUCUAUUACUUCCUUCCUCUCUUUUUUUAUUACUGCCUUCUCUCUUCUCUCUUUUCUCUAUUACUUCCUUCUCUCUUUUUCACUUCUUUUUUCUUUCCUUCUCUUUUUUCUUGCUUCCUUCUCUCUUUUUAUUACUUCCUUCUCUCUUUCUCUAUUACUGCCUUCUCUCUUUUUUCUUCCUUCCUUCUCUCUUUUCUCUAUUACUGCCUUCUCUCUUUUCACUGUUUCUUCCUUUUUAUCUUCCUUCUCUAUUACUCCUCCUUCUCUCUUUUUUUCAUUUCUUCCUUCUCUUUCCUUCUCUAUUACUUCCUUCUCUUCUUUUCUCUGUUUCUUCCUUCUCUCUAUUCUCUAUUUCUUCCUUCUUUUUUUUUUAUUACUUCCUUCUCUCUUUUCUCUAUUACUGCCUUCUCUCUUUUCACUGUUUCUUCCUUCUCUCUAUUCUCUAUUACUUCCUUCUCUCUUUUUUCAUUACUUCCUUCUCUCUUUUCUCUAUUACUGCCUUCUCUCUUUUCACUGUUUCUUCCUUCUCUCUAUUCUCUAUUACUUCCUUCUCUCUUUUUUUAUUACUUCCUUCUCUCUUUUCUCUAUUACUGCCUUCUCUCUUUUCACUGUUUCUUCCUUCUCUCUAUUCUCUAUUACUUCCCUUCUCUCUUUUUUUGUUGGUUCCUUCUCUCUUUUCUCUAUUACUACCUUCUCUCUUUCACUGUUUCUUCCUUCUCUCUAUUCUCUAUUCCCUUCUUUUUUAUUACUUCCUUCUCUUUUUUCUCUAUUACUGCCUUCUCUCUUUUCACUGUUUCCUCCUUCUCUCUAUUCUCUAUUACUUCCUUCUCUCUUUUCACUGUUUCUUCCUUCUCUCUUUUUUUAUUACUUCCUUCUCUCUUUUCUCUAUUACUUCCUUCUCUCUUUUUUUAUUACUUCCUUUUCUCUUUUUUUAUUACUUCCUUUUCUCUUUUCUCUAUUACCUCCUUCUCUCUUUUCUCUAUUACUGCCUUCUCUCUUUUCACUGUUUCUUCCUUCUCUCUAUUCUCUAUUACUUCCUUCUCUCUUUUCACUAUUUCUUCCUUCUCUUUUUUUUAUUACUUCCUUUUUCUAUUCUCUAUUACUUCCUUCUCUUUUUUUAUUACCUUUUUCUUUUUUUAUUACUUCCUUUUCUUUUCUCUAUUACCUCCUUCUCUUUUUCUCUUAUACUGCCUUCUCUCUUUUCACUGUUUCUUCCUUCUCUCUAUUCUCUAUUACUUCCUUCUCUCUUUUCUCUAUUACUUCCUUCUCUCUUUUCCUUGUUUCUUCCUUAUCUCUUUUCUCUCUUAUUUUCUUUUCUCUUUUCUCUAUUUCUUCCUUCUUUACUUUUUCAUUUCUCCGCUUGCUUGACCUUUACAUUCUUCUUUUUCUAUCAUUUUUCGUUCAUUCUUUUCUUUCCUGCUUUCUUCAUUUCUUUCUUUUCUUUCUUCCUUUAUCGUUCGUCGCGUUCGUCUUUUUUCUUACCAUAUUUCCUUCCUUCCUUCCUUCCUUCCUUCCUUCCUUCCUUCCUUCCUUCCUUCCUAUCAUUCCCUUCCUUCCUUCCUUCCUUCCUUCCUUCCUAUCCUUCCCUUCCUUCCUUCCCUUCCUUGCUUCCUUCCUUAGUUCAUUCGUUUCUUUGUGCUCUCUUUUAUUCUUUCCUUCAUUUCUUCUGUCGAUUCUUUUUUUCAUUUGUCGUUUUCAUUCCUUAUUUCCUUUAUUUUCUUUAUUUUUGCAUUCUUUAUGUUCUUUCUUUCUCUUUUUUCUUUCUUUUUUCCCCUUUCUUUUGA